UGAUUGGGGUUCAGCACUGGGUGGUUGCUUUUCUUCCCCGAGAAGCACCCCUAGGUUCUGGCAGGCAAUGGGGCAGUGUCCCUUGCUUGGUCAGCGUCCAAAUUCAUCACCCAGUGGGCUCGGUGGGUGUGAGCAGAUGGACAGAGCAUCUUCUGGAGCGUUGCUGAGCGCUGUGUCCGGGUGCAGAACCCAGCCGUGCUGGGGUGCUCCGCACUUCCCAGGUUUCCACCUCCCUCCUUCCCUGGUCAGAUUUUCAUCUUCCAUAGUUGGCCUUGAGAUGUGAAGCGCCCUGUGAUGGAACAUUGAAAGUGGAUGGAGUGAUAGGACAAGGGGCAAUGGCUUUAAAUUGGGAGGGGGAAGAUUUAGAUCAGAUAUUAGGAAGAUAUUCUUCACGAUGAGGGUGGGGAGGCCCUGGCCCAGGUUGCCCAGAGCAGUGGUGGCUGCUCCAUCCCUGGAGGGAUUCCAGGCCAGGUUGGAUGGGGCUUGGAGCCCCUGAUCCAGUGGGAGGUGUCCCUGCCCAUGGCAGUGGGGUGGAACUGGAUGAGCCUUAAGGUCCCUUCUGUCCCAAACAUCCCAUGAUUCAUUGAUUGGUGUCCCCACAUGGCCAACGUCCUUGUCCCUGCGUGCCAGCCCCACUCUCUCCCCUCCCCUCUUUUGCAUUCAGGUUUCAGGGCAGCCAACGCUGUUUUCGGUUCAACCAGCACUGAGCAGCCAAACCGGGGUGACUCAAAGCAACCCUUUCCCAAGAAGCCGGGUCGUGGACAUCCAGCAGCACCAGCAUGGCUGGAUCUGGGAUGACCAGUGGGACCAUGGGCUCCUUGGGCUGGACCCACCGGGACUCCCUCGAGGAACUGAAUCGAAGAACAACCCCAUCGGCUGGUCGGCAUCAUUUCCUCCCGUCGGGGCGGCUCACCCCGCUCAUUGGCCCCCGGGGCCCGGCUUCACUUCUUGCUGCCUUUCCGUUGGGUUCGGGUGCCUCCUUCGGAGGUGGGGGCGAAUGGGUGCACUUUAAAAGGCGAGCUUCCCCAUCGGGUGAGCAGUAAGGAAGUGGCUCGCGCGCCCGGCAGCCGAAACACCCUGCCCCGGCCAUGCGGUGCGACGGGCGGCCCUUGGGCGUGCUGGCAGUUGUCACCAAAGGGCUCUUCAUCCUCUGGGCAGUGCCGGGCCAGGGGACGCGUCCCCUGCAGUCUCCCACCCUGCAGCAGGUCCAGGCGUUGGUGAGGCAGAUGGCGGAGGAUGCACAGGAGCUCUUCACCUUCUAUGAGGACAACCAACGCUUGGCCAUCCACAACAUCUGCCGAACCAACCACCCACCCGAGUGGCUGCGGGGACCGGUGUUGGGACCCAGGGGGCUGCGGGGGCUGCAGGGGACCAUGGCCCGCAUGUCUCAGGCGCUGCAGGUCAUCAUCCGGCACCAGCGGGACCUCAACCCCCCCGGAGCUGAAAUCCUUCGCCGCUUGGCCAGCACCCACCUGAAGGUGCGAGGGCUCCUCAGCAACCUGCAGGGACUUUUCCCCGGCCCAAGCUCCCAGCCUGGCCACCGGCCGCUGCCCAGCCCCACGGCGCCCACCAAGGUCUUCCGGCAGAAGCUGGAGGGAUGCCGGAUCCUCUGGAGCUACUCCCGCUUCAUGGCCAAGCUCAAUGCCCAGCUGGAGAACAGGAGCCGCAGAGCGCGCCGGGACAAGUGGAGAUCGCGCCGGGGCUCACGGCUGUCCAGGCUCUCCUAGGGCAGACCUGCCGUCACCAGAAUUGUCCUUUCUCCAUCAUCUCCAUCCCAUCCCACCCCAUCUUCAUCUGUCACCAGGAUGGAGACAUGCCGGCUGGCCGGGAUGUGCCCCAGAGCCCCUCUGGGCUCGCCCGGGUGAGCACACAAGCGCGCUCCAAGCAUCUCCAAACCCUUCAGCUUGCCAUGGGGACCAAGCUGUCCCCGUGCCACCGCUCGGCUGCAGGACAGCCCCGCUCCGCCCCUGACAGCUCCCCACAACUUCGGUGGCCCCGGUGCCAUGGGAAGCCGUGUGCUCUGGUGCGCUCGGGUGUCCCCCGGUGCCAGCGCUGUGGGAUGGAGCGUCCCUUGUCACCGAGCCUGGAUUUUCCAGUGAUUCAAUGGGUCUGGUGACCCAGCCUGACUAAGAGCCGCUCGCCCAGCACCCGCUGCGCUGCCGGCAGGGUGCGGCCCCGGCCCACGGAGAGCAUUGCCAGCACCAGCCGGUGCCACCGGCAUUGUCACCCCUGCCCUGCUGACCCCAAGGAGUGUCUGGGAGUGGACUCCGUGAGCUUGGUGUCUCCAUGAGCUUGGUGUCCCCGUGAGCUUGGUGUCACUGUGAUCUUGGUGUCUUCAUGAGCUUGAUGUCUCUGCAACCUUGAUGUCCCUGUGAGCUUGGUGUCUUUAUGAGCUUGAUAUUCCUGCUGCCUCGAUGUCCCUGCAUACUCAGUGUCCCCGUGAGCUUGGUGUCCCUGCGAACUUCAUGUCCCAACGUGCUUAGUGUCCCCACAAGUUCAAUGUCCCUCUUGGCUGCAGGACAGCCCCGCUCUGCCCCAAACAACUCCCCACAACCUGCCCCACGCUCUGGUGGCCUCAGUGCCACGAGAAGCCGUGUGCUCUGGUGCACCCUGUCCUUGUCCCUGCACACUCAGUGUCCCCAAGCCCUCAGCGUGCCUGUGCGCUCCAUCCCUGUGCUCUUGUGUCCCCCUGUGCUUUGUGUCCCUGGCAAUGUCCUUGUGCUCACCCUUGCAUGCUUGGUGACCUCAUGCUCUUGGUGACCUCAUGCUAUUGGUGUCCCCAUGCUCUUGGUGUCCCCAUGUUAUUGGUGUCCCCAUGCUCUCAGUGUCCCCAUGCUCUUGGUGUCCCCAUGCUCUCAAUGUCCCCAUGCUCUCGGUGUCUCCAUGCUCUCGAUGUCCCCAUGCUCUCGGUGUCUCCAUGCUCUUGGUGUCCCCACGCUCUCAGUGUCUCUGUGCUUUUGAUGUCCCCAUGCCCUUGGUGUCUCCAUGCUAUUGGUGUCCCCAUGCUCUCAGUGUCCUCAUGCUCUUGGUGUCCCCAUGUUCAUGGUGUCCCCAUGCUCUCAGUGUCCUCAUGCUCUUGGUGUCCCCAUGUUUGUGGUGUCCCCAUGUUCAUGGUGUCCCCAUGCUCUUGGUGUCCCCAUUCUCUCAACGUCCCCAUGCUCUCGGUGUCUCCAUGCUAUUGGUGUCCCCUUGCUCUCAAUGUCCCCAUGCUCUUGGUGUCCCCAUGUUCUCAAUGUCCCCAUGCUCUCGGUGUCCCCAUGCUCUCAGCCCCUCAGGGAUCCUCUCCUGUCCCCCUGCACUCAGUGUCCCCGUGUCCCCCGGCCGCUGGGCAGGGGCUCAGCUCCAGCCGCCGCACUGUGACAGUGGGUGGUAACACCCACCCUCUUCCCCCCUAAUUUAUACAUUAAUAUUUGCGUGGUUAUUGUAUUUAUUGACUCUCGGGGUUAAUUUAAGACGUCCCUGCCGUGGGAAGAAGUAUUUAACGACAAGUUUUUAAUAUAUAAAUAUCUAUUUUUAUGAUAAUCUUUUUGUAUCACCUUAAACUAUG